AUGAUAACAACCCGGAUGAAGGAUGGUGAACCCAUCACGGGCCACAUGCAGAAAAUGCAAAGGAGGAAGUUACACUCAGCAAACUUCAAGGACUCUGAAGACCCGAAAAGUGGUCUUAAGGUAAGUCGGUUUACCACUCCGACUCCUACCGCGGCCCUGUCUUGGCAAUCGGUAAAGGAAAGGAAAGAAGAGGAAGAGCCCUUCGAAGGGUACCAAGGGAAAUCCCUUGAUGGCUCCUCUUCAAGUGGAACCAAGAAAGGUUUCGUCACUCCUUCUGCUAACCCUAAAGAGGCUGAAUGCUAUGCCAUUGAAAAAGUCGCACUGGAAGCGAAACUGCCCAAAGUACCAGCAAGAUGUGAAGGAUGGGAAAGUAAAACCCAACCAUGCAGUGGUGGUAUUAAUGCUUUCUUUAAUAAUGUUUCUUUUUUUAAAGCAUUACCUUGUGAUGGUGUAUAUGAAACUGUGUCAGUUGUUGAUAACCUAGGAAAUAAUGUAUUGUGUAUCGAUUUUUCCACUAGUUUGGAUAAAACAUCAUUAUGGAUUUGUCGUCUUGGACAUGUAAUCAAGAAACGUAUAGGCCAACUCCAAAAGGAUGGAGUCUUGGAGUCGUUUGACCUAAAGUCAGAUGAUAGUUGUGAAUCUUGUUUGCUUGGGAAAAUGACAAAGUCACCCUUCACUGGCACUUGUGCUAGGGGUGAGGGUUUAUUGGACCUCAUACAUACUGAUGUGUGUGGACCCUUCAGAACUGCCACAAGAGAUGCUAACCGCUUCUAUGUGACUUUUACUGAUGAUUUAGUAGAUAUGGAUAUGUCUACUUAA